AUGCAAACGGUCCAGCGUGAAGGAUACCCUGUUCUGGCAGAGCACCCGGUUGUAGUGGAUGCCUCUCGGGAAAUGGCGCUUAAAAGCCCCGUGCCUAAGAACGUCGCCUUCGAGUUGCUCUUGGACGAGAACUCCAAGGUUCGAGCUCGAAUUCCUAUGCGCGUGCAAAUAUAUCCCCAUGAUACCACGGAUUCGAUUGUGACCACGGUCAAAAAUUUCUAUGGGAUCUACGACGGUACCGCCAGUGGUGUAAGCUUCGAGGAUGAACAUGGAACCACCCUGAUCGCAAGGUAUGAGAACCUGAAGAAUAACAUGACGGUAUAUGUACGAGUCAUUCCCAUUCAACCGUAUGCGGAUCACUUCUACGCUGGUUUCUCUGUUGAGCGCAAGCGGCCGAGUCUGGGUGAGCCUUUCGGGAUGGAUUCUGUGGCGCCAGUCCUGGAGCAACCAUCGCGCCCACCCUCUCGCCUUGCCAGGAAGCGCAGCACAUCCCCAUCUAAUCGCAGUAUGCGGAGCGCUUCUCAACACAAGCAGGGCUCUCGCAGUGGCAUUAAGAGUCGUGGUUCCAGCCAUGCUGGCUUCCCUGAUCAUGAUAUGCUCAGCGACAGCGAAGACAGUUAUAGUCACAGAUCUCGAGGCGACGCAUUCGCUAGCUCAGAGAUAAGUAUGGAAAAUAUACUUCAAGACGGUCGUCGCAAACGACCAAAGUUUGACAGUUCGGAACUCCCACUUUUUGCUCCUCCUCAAGUCCCUCUCAUUACCUCGACCUCUUCCAUCUCUCCUCAACGUCGAUCAGUCGGUCAAGAAGGUGCCGGCUCACCUUUUGCUCGUCCCACACAUCGCCCAUAUAACUACCAACAAGCUUUGCCAUCACCGCAGAGUUAUGGCCAUAGUGAAUAUGGUGUGCACUCUGGAAGGAACUCAGUCUAUACGACGCCUAUAGUUCCUGAAAAUGCGAACCGUGUACCAUUUAGCAAUUCGGCUCCUCGGGUCAGCGGCGCUGGUAUCCUGCCUACUCCAGACCCGACUAUAGCAAGCUGCAUUUCCGAUGAAGAUGUCGCAAUGCAAUUGAUCCGCUUAGGUGAUGCGUCCAACUUCUCUCACGGUCGCACAUCUGCAUCAACACUUGACGACGCAUUUAGCGGUGCUGCUGACGCUGCCUCGUCGACUGGUGCCACUAGCGACGGAGAGGACUUCAGCGAGGAAGAAGAUGACUUGCCAGCUCGUCGCAGACUUGAAUCAAGCCCAAUGCUUCCUCCUGGGGCCAUCAAGCGUCACCAUAAGCGCCUUGAUGACAUCCUGCCUAGCGCGGACAGCAGUGACCAUAGUUCCGAUGGCAUCGAAGAGGGCAUUAAAAGCGAGGCCGAGGAUGAUGCUCUAUACAAAGAUUUUGCUCCCAAAGCUAAGAAGCCCAAGAGCAGCCGCCCUAUUUCAGUCAAGCCUCGUAGCCAGAAGCCUACGCAGAAGCCAAAGAUCAAGACCACCUCAGCGCCCGCGCCCAGAAAAGCGUCUGAUAAAUCGGCCGCGCCUAUCCCACCCCUCAGCCCAAGCUCCUCCCGCAAGGUAUCUGGAGGUUCUGUUAACUUUCAACAUCAGCUCGGCGCUGAUGAGGAAGAUCUCUCUACCAAGCCUCGCUGCCAACGAUGCCGCAAGAGCAAGAAGGGCUGUGAUCGACAGCGCCCUUGUGGUCGCUGCAAGGAUGCCGGCAUUGGCAUUGAGGGCUGCGUCAGUGAAGACGAGGGUAAUGGUCGCAAGGGUCGCUAUGGGCGCCACAUGGGUGUUCCCGUCAAAAAGAACGGCGACUCCCCGGACGACGAAGACGAAGAGGAGGAGGAAGCAGAAGAAGAGAGACUUGAGUUCCCACCAAUGCCUGGUACUCCCUUGGCAUCUGCUGUUUUAGCUGAUAAGAACAAGAAGCGGAAGCGUUAG